UAAUAUACAAGUUUAAAGUCAACUUCGAUUAGGCACGUGAUCUGUGAUGGUUGUAGGUAGAAUAGAACGUUACAGCUAAAGACUAACAUUCUAGAGUAAACUACAACUCCCAACCAAUCAGCAACUUACCUGAUGAACGAAUCAGCAACCAGCAACUUGCCUGACUGUAAGGAUAAAGAGACCAACAAACAGUCUGAAGUCCAUUAAUAUCUGAUUACUUGUAAAAUUUAUGAGAUGGCCCCGAACCUUACCGAUAAGAAACUUGACCAGAAGGUGGCGAUAAUAACAGGUGCUAGUUCAGGAAUAGGUAGAGCCACUGCUGUGUUGUUCUCACGCCUGGGAGCGAGGCUAGCUCUGACUGGAAGGAACCAAGAAAAUUUGACAAAAUCUGCUGAAGAAUGUGAAACAGCUUCACCUUAUAAUCUAAAGCCUUUGUGUAUCGUCGGUGAUGUAACCAUAGAAUCCGAUAUUGAUCGGAUUAUGAAGUCAACAAUUGACACCUAUGGAAGACUGGAUAUUCUGGUUAACAAUGCUGGUAUGGUAGCACUGGACUCUGCUCAAAAAAGUUCUUUGGAGGGACUAGAUUUAGUGUGGAAAACCAAUGCUCGAGCUGUCUAUCACUUGACGAUGCUAGCUGUCCCUCACCUGAUUGAAAGUAAAGGCUCCAUUAUCAACGUUUCGAGCAUUCUCAGCAAAAGGGGAGAUGCAACAGGACUUUCCUAUAGCAUGUCUAAAGGCGCUUUAGAUCAAUUUACCAGAAGUGUGGCAUUAGAUCUUGCUCCCAAACAAGUCAGAGUGAAUUCAGUAAAUCCUGGAACUAUAGAAACAAACAUCUUCUCAACAGUUGGAAUAGACGUAAAGGAAGUGAUGAAAAAAACAGCCCAAACACAGCCAUUUGGUCGAGGAGGACAACCACAAGAGGUCGCCAGUGCAAUCGCUUUUCUCGUUUCUGACGAGGCUUCGUUUAUAACUGGAGAAACCUUGGGGAUAAAUGGCGCUAGAAUCGUCUCUUGCUAAGAUGUCUUAUUUGUUUCUGCAGUAAUGAAUUUUUUGCAGAAAAGAAAACAUUAGUUGCUGAUUGUUCCGUUUGAUAUGUAGUUAUUUGUUGUUUUUAUUCAUGACGUUAGCAGUUGCUGUUAAAAUAUACAAAACCUGAAAUCCAGAAAGACAUCCUUAAAAUGAUUCUUUACUUGGUUAAAUAAACCUAUAAUUCGGUAUUAACAAGUUAAACUUACUGUGGUGUUUUGUCCUGUCUCAACCUACAUUUCGAAUGUUCUAAUAGUGUAACUGGAGUUAAACUCCCUACAGGGUUUUAUCCUGUCCUGAUGAUGGACCUGGAGUUAAACUUCCUGUAAGGUUUUAUCCUGUCUCAACCUACAUAUUUCCUGUCCUGAUGGUGUAGCUGGAGUUAAACUCCCUACAUGGUUUUAUCCUGUCUCAACCUACAUAUUUCUUGUCCUGAUGGUAUAGCUGGAGUUAAACUCACUUCAGGUUUUAUCCUGUUUCAACCUACAUAUUUCCUGUUCUGAUGGUGGAGCUGGAAUUAAACUCCCUGUAAGGUUUUAUCAUGUCUCAACCUACAUAUUUCCUGUCCUGAUGGUGGAGCUGGAGUUAAUCUCCCUGUAAGGUUUUAUCCUGUCUCAACCUACAUGUUUCCUCUGCUGAUGUUGGAGCAGGAGUUAAACUCCUUCUACUGAUUUCACGCGAAGCUACAGAAGGGCGUCCUUGAGUCAGCAGUGAAAGACUAGAGGGAAAGCAUCUAGUCACCACAACCCACCGC